GAAAAAUUUGUUUCGGCCAACGUUUCCUCCUCUCCGUUGUCUCUGCAGGCUGUUUGUCUUUAUGACGUAUCAGCCGCAGUACAACGAUGUAUUAGGCAAAAACAGUUGAGCGAUAAUAGAAUGGCCGGCAUUGCAACAGUUCAAACAAGGACGUUACAGGCGAUUUUUAUGGAAUCGGAAGAGGUGAUACGACAACUCACAGAACAAGAAAUCGAAGAGUUCAAAGAAGCUUUUAUGCUGUUUGACAAAGACGGAAAUGGUACCAUGUCCACAAAAGAGUUGGGUAUUGCGAUGAGAGCACUCGGGCAAAAUCCCACGGAA